AUGCAAGAUUUAGACUUAGAUAAACAACCUUAUAUGAAUACUCAUUCUAGACAACUAAAUAAAAAUUAUUUAUCUUAUCUAAAGUUUCUUCCUAUGUAUCAGAUUAUUAAACUAUGUAGAGAUGAUGUUUUUAGCUCAGAAGCUUAUCGUGACAGACGUCUAUUACGUGCUCUGACAGAUCUGAAUGUCUAG